GAAAGUUGUUAGUGGUAAGGAAAGGUCAGCACGCAGCCGCCUUGUCUUUGCCUUAGAAAAGUAAGCCAAUCAAUCCGGGAUUCCGCGGGGGGCGGAUGGGAUGUAAUUAUAAGAAAUUGAAGAGAAGAGAAUCUUAAGACUGAGAGUGCUCACUGCUGACUACUAAACAAAUAGACUCGGUCUUGCCCCGUUGAGAAGUAGAACGCCUGGCCGCUAUCAUUGUAGUAGGCAGCUGAUAGUGUUGACUAAUUAUUCACCCAUUUUCACAUUUGCCUCCCUCUCUGGUUUAAGCUCUCCAUUAGAUAUUGCUCUCCACUGCUUCGGAAUUCAUUGCAAGAUCUGCUGGGUCGAAUUUGGCUUGAGAGGGCAGAAGGAAAAGAAAAAGAGGGUGGGAUAAUAUGAGGUAGAAGAAGAAGAAAAGAGAGGAAGAUGGAAGGAAUGAAAAGGGCGAAUGUUGUGUCGUUCUUGGACUGGAGAACCAGAGUGGAUGAUUACAGCGGAGUGAAGGAAAAGAAUGGCGAGGGAGAAAGAAUAGGAAGUGGGCUGAACUUGUUGUCGGCGUGUGGGGGAGAAUCAGAUGGCGUCGAUCUGAAGAAGUUUAGAGAAAAUACAUGUUCUCCUAUUUAUAAAGAGGUGGUUUCUCAGGCCAAUGGACGGUGGGGAGCACAGAUCUAUAACAAACAUGAGCGAAUAUGGGUAGAAGAGGACGCAGGCCUCAAGUUCCGAGGAGGGCAUCUGCAGAAUAGAUUUCUUAGCGAGCAUUCAAAGGUAGAAACGAUGGACGUGGUGGUUCCAAAGGACCAGCUCAAGAUUACGGCGUUGGGUGCGCACAAGGCAGAGUCGAAGAAUGAGAGUGCAGGUUGGGAGAAAGAUAAGUCGUUAAGAGAACCCAUGUUUGAGAAGGCGGUGACUCCCAGCGAUGUGGGGAAACUGAAUCGGCUGGUGAUUCCGAAGCAUCAUGCCGAGAAGUACUUUCCGCUGGACACGACUGCAAACGAUAAAGGAUUGCUGCUCAAUUUCGAGGAUAACACAGGAAAAGCUUGGAGGUUCCGUUACUCCUACUGGAACAGCAGUCAGAGCUACGUGCUCACCAAAGGAUGGAGUCGAUUCGUAAAGGAGAAAAAGUUGGACGCAGGGGAUAUCGUUUCCUUCGAGAGAUCAACCGAUGCCCAAAAUGCUGAGCGCCUUUACAUCAGCUGGAAGCGCCGCCCUUGUCAUGCCCUUCAAAUUCAGCCAGGCUCCAAAGCAUCACUUCUGCGCAGACUUUCGCUUCCCUCACUCGCAGCCUCGCCCACCUUUCAAUACGGUCCUUUCCAAUCUCAGGCCCUCAUUCGCACUGCUUCUUCUUCUUCCAAGCCAUUUCCCGAGUUGAUGUCGGUGGUCUGGCAGCCCAACAAUGGCGGAGCUUUCUGGCGGCUGCCUACGGAGGAGGUUUCGCCGCUCCCCCUGAGCCACAAUAUGCGUUUUCUACCGGCGGUGGAGCAGAAUUCUGCGAGGGAACCUCAUGACUUUAUGCAGCUCAAGCCCACCGGUGACCGGUCAUCGCCUGUUGAGAAUGCCGCAGACAUGAGCUCCAAGAAGGGCGUCAGGCUGUUUGGGGUCAAUUUGUGAUUUUAUGUGUGGAUUUUGUAACUAUUACAAAAUGUUCAAGUUGUUUUCUACAUGUCCAGUUUCAGUUUCAAUCCAUGCAAUUCAAACGGCAACCGCGGACAACAAGUGUACAUAGAGAUUACGUCUUUCACAAUGCUUUAAAUAAAAUCUUUAUCUUAUUUUUUCA